GAGAUUUGUAUCUGAAGUGAUCAAUUUUUUUACAAUCAAGACUCAUAGAGCGCUCCAUCAUUAUUUAAAUAAAUGUAACUUUUUUUAUAUUUCAAUAUAAUUACUAUAUCUAUUUUAGAUAUCUAUAGCUUUAAUAAGUGAAUCAAGUUCAAAUUUGUAAUCCAUUUAGAGGGCAUUCACAUAAAAAAAAAAUAAUCAAAAGAGUACCUACGCAAAUAAAAACUAAUAUAAAUUAGCAUGAAGGUCGAAAAUUCACACGCACCAUUAAUGAGACAAAAUUCCCAUUAUUGUGAUAUAACAUUUAUGCAAUAAUAUUUUGCAAGAUUUCUCUCCUUUCUUCGCCCAUCUAACCAUAUACCCACAAUCAUUUUGAGAUUCAUGAAUAUCAGAGUUUAGUUAUGCACAAAUUCGUUUUCGGUUUAGUCGUUCACCGAGAUGAAUAAUUAGUUUUACAUGAUUAUAUGUUAAUUUUUGCUUAAUUUUGUGUUAUACUUUUAGUAAAAUGAUAAUUGAUAUAGCUCAUUGCGUAGCAUGGAGUGUUAUUCUCACACAAUAUUUGUCUCACGGGUAUGGAGAAAAUAGCAAAUUUUUAGGAAAUGACUUAACCGACGAGGAAAGACAUUUGGGUAAAAGAAAACGACCCGGUUACCAAGGAGGCAAUCAAGGUUCAAGCCCCUGCAACUUUGGCGGUAGACCAAAAAACGAAGGCUCUGGCAGGACUUUCUUUGAUUUUCAAUACUUCAAUGUAGAAUAUAACAAUCAGCUUAAUAUAGAUUGUGGUCAACAGGGCAGCUACCAUCCCCAAUAUCCAGUUCAACCUGCUCCAGUACAUGAGAUACAUCAACAUCAUGGUGGUGCUCAAGCUGGACACAAACCACCACAUGGAGGUGGAGGGCACAGGCCGCUUCCCAAGCCUCCAAAACCAGGAAGCGGGUCGGGUCAAUUCAGUGGAAACGGCAAUGGAUUGUUUGGAGGUUUUUUCAAUGGAGGCAACAACAAACCGAACAAACCCAACAGGCCAUUUCAAGGAGGAGCUUUUAGUCAAGCUGCUUCUGAAGCAGGAGAAGGUGGCAAUACAGGACCAUUUGCAGGAAUAUUUCCAUCGCCUCAGCAAUUUGCUUUAGGUUUGUCCGAUGGCCUUCAAAGUUUCAUUGGCACCAUACCAGCGAUUGGUCAAAGUUUCCAAUCGAUUUUGCCCAGUUUUAGCGACUUUCAAUGGCCUCAACUACCUCAAUUUAAUCCAGGAGGCUCCAGCAGUUCUGUAAACAAUUUCAACCGGCCACCGCCAAUUUUCAAUCCGGCAACGACUCCUCCAUCUGUAGGGGUAGCAACUACCGCCCCAUUUACUACGACAACCAUAGAUCCCGACGAUAUAAUUUACAGUGACGAAAUUAAACCGGUUAAUGAAGAACUGGACCCUAUUACAGAUCCUUAUACCAACAAGGGCAAUCGAAGAAGAUACAACCAAAGAGGAAGAUCAUUUUAUCAGAAUAAUCAACCACAUUAUAAUAGCAGAUCACGGCAAGAAACUUACCGAAAUUCACCAUCAGAUUCCUAUAGAGAGCAAGGCAGAAGUUUUAGUUUUCCAUCAUAGAAAUUAUCAUUUUUUUAUUGUAUAAAUUUUAUUUAAAUAUUUCAAUUUAGGAGUUUAUUAUAUAUAAAGGCCUUUACACCCAUAUUUGUUUUCGUUGUAGGUUUAUACAUAAAAUAUUUGAAACAAAAAUAAACCUAAAAUAAUUGUAUAAUGCCGAAUUCUAACAAAGAAAUCGAAGAUCCAUUACGAACAGUGGCUCCUAUUUCCAAUAAAUCGCAUGGGGUAGUUAAAA